CAAGUGACCACUUCACAUCACAACAACAUUGUCGUGCUCGUGGAACCUCCAGCGCGAGCAUUUCCCGUCACAUAAUGCCCAUGUUCACUUUACAGUAAAAGAAAAUGGGCUUGAAAUUAGAUGCAGAUUCCUAUAUUCCAUGUGUGAGAUGUAAUGUUUGGGUGCCAAAUUAUGCCAAGGAAAUACAUGCAACAGAAUGCCACGAAUUAAACCUUUCAUCAUUUUCUCAUCCUUAUAUUGCCGGGUCUUCAAUGUUUGUCCAAGCUCUGACAGUGGGAACAGCUCAAACAUUACUAAAUGAGAGCAGUAUUAAAAGCAAUGAAGCAAAGGAAGCAGAAGGCAUGAAGAAAAAGAAGAAAGGUACAGAGAAAUCUAAAGAUGAGAGAUUUGGAAACAAAGACAAACAAAAUUCUAAAGAAAGUUCUGUGGUUGGACAGUUGUAUAAAAGUCAGUUGGAAGAGCCAGAAUGGCUUAAGAAGAUCUUUAGUAACCUUCAUUAUCGAAUAGUUCUAGUAAAUGAAAGAGACUUAAUUCGCUGUGAUAUUUCUGCAUAUAGUCCAGUGGAAGUGGAGCAUGCUAACACCUCUUGUGCAUUCCUUGCGAUCCCGGAUGAAAGUGUGCGAAUUGGACACAUUGCAUUACACCAGAGAAGUUGUGUGCAGUAUUUUCCGGCAGUGACAAUGAACACUCUACUUUGGGUUAAGAAAAUAAACACUGUUAAGUAUGCUGAAGAAGUGCUGUUGACACCCAGCAAAGUCCUAUCUGAAAAAGAGCAUAUUUUUGUGGAACGGCAAUUGAAGUUUUUAUUAUUUGAAAAUUUUCCUUUAGGUGCACCAUUUACUUUAAACAUAGGAAGUAAAAUUUAUCUGCCAUUAAAUAGCACAGAGAUUUCAUUCAUCGUUAGUGAUUAUAAACCAUGUAAGAAAACUACAGACAGUACCAUGCAUGAUGAAAAUUUAAUUAAUGAAAUGCAAAAUUUAAGCAUAACCAGCAAGGAUGAUUAUUCAUUGAAUGAAAGUACCAGAAGUGUUCCUUCUCAACUGCUGACACUGGAUAAGUGGGAAUGCUCUGAAACAUCUUUAGGAGACAGCUCCUUGAGACCUCGCAUUGCAGAAUCCGAUUCAAGUAGUGCUUUACUAACAGUUGAUGAGUUUCGGACAGGAGAAUUUAUGGAUGAGAGUGAUUUGGGCUCCAGUGUGGUAACAUCAACACCAAAGAAAUUUAUUGGUAUUGAAGAGAACUUGCACAGAUCACUUCUUACAUCAAAAAUACAUAGUAAAGAAAGAUCCAUCUCUUGUAAAAAUAAGUCUAAAAUUAAAGGAUGUAUUCAAUCUCAACAAAGCUGCAACUGGAUUAGAAUUGCAAAAGAAACUAAGUUUAGAAUGCAACAGUUUUGUAAAGUUAGUGAUGAGUCUGCUCCUGAAGUUAAGGGGUCGACUCAGAGAUAUUGCAGGAACAUUGCGUAUAUUUCACUAGUGAAAAUAAUGCAAGCAAAACUCCAAGAUAUAAGCUUCAGAGAAAAUCCUCUGCUUGGAGGCUGGAAUGGUGUGCUUGUGUAUGGUCCACCAGGUACUGGAAAGACUCUCAUGGUGAACCAGGCAGCAGCCGAGCUGGACAUGCAUGUAAUCACUCUGACAUUGGCUGAUAUAAUUAGAUCAUCAGCAGGUGCAGAAGAAUGUGUGUAUCACAGGUUUAAAUUGGCACGUGAAUGUUCACCAUCAAUCGUGUUUUUGGAUGAAGUUGAUAGUCUGUGUCCUGCAGGGGAGCAAAAAGUACACGGCAAGAGGGAUUUGACACUUGCAGUUAUUCAAGGAAUCCAAAUAUUACAGACAGCUCCACAUCCAGUUCUGUUGGUGGCUGCCACCAACCUACCCGAUGGUGUUAACCCCAAGUUACGAUGCCCUGGUAGACUUGAUAAAGAGUUGAUGGUGCCAUUGCCAAACACACAUCAAAGGCAGGACUUAUUACACCAAUUGCUGUCAUCCCAUAAGCAUCAGAUUAGUAAAGAGGAAGUUGCAGAAGUAGCCAGACAAGCAUAUGGAUUUUCUGGAGCUGACUUAAGUGUUCUGCUUAGAUGCGCUUGGCUUAGAUGUGUGGAACGAUUUGGUGAAUCAUCUCCUUUGAGUAAUUUACUUCAACGGCAGAAGACAGAAGACCUUUAUCUAUCCAAAGAAGAUUUACUUGCUGGCUUGCAUGGUGUUGUGCCGACCAUGUUGAGACAGAAUUACUCGGCAGUGUCCACGGUGAAAUGGUCUGACAUAUGGGGAUACCAAACAGUCAAAUCAAAGUUACAAGCAAUGAUUCAACUACAUGCAAGCAAUCCCCAGAAACAUCUGUUGAAGGGUCUUCUUCUCUAUGGGCCUCCUGGAUGCUCAAAGACUAUGUUUGUUCGAGCACUGGUCCAAGAAACAAGUUUUAGUUUCUUCCCACUUAAGUGUUCAGAUCUGUUAUCAAAAUAUGUUGGAGAAACAGAGAAGUCCCUGAGCAAAGUUUUCAGCAGAGCAUGGCAAGCAGCACCUUCAAUCAUAUUUAUGGACGAAGUGGACAGUUUGUGUGGUGAUCGUGGAGGAGGCGGUGGUCUUGUGUCAGAGCUCCUCUCCCUGAUGGCACAGAAUGCAACUCUAGGAAAUGUGAUGGUCAUUGGAGCAACUAACAGACCUCAUGCAAUAGAUGAGGCUGUACUGAGACCUAACUGUCUUGAACAAGUUAUUCACAUAGACUUGCCUGAUUAUAACUCACGAUGUGAAAUUUGGAAGGGCAUACUCCAGAAUAUACCACUGAAGGGCCAGGUGGACAUAGAAAAGCUGAGUGGAGUAACAGCUGGGUAUUCAGGAGCAGAGAUCACUGCCAUAUACCAAGCGGCAGCACACGAUGCUAUUUCACAGCUUGGUGUUCAAGACGUACAAGCUCUUGGGAUACAAUAUUCUCAAGAAUCCAUCACCAUCUCUGAGGACCAGUUGUUGAGAGUCAUCAAUACUGUUCCUUCAAGGACUCCAUCAUCAUUGCUUGAAUCUAUUAACCAUUUCACUUGUCAAAGAAGACAACAAAUUAUAUAGGGAUGACCAAACCACACACCAGAAGAUGAGAUGACGACGUUUCAGUCCAUGAUGGGAGCGAGUGAGGCAUGGGCAUUAGUGAGAAAAUCCGUAGGAGCAGUGAUGAGGGUUCGAACCUACAUGAUGGAUGUUCCCACACACAUGUUUCUAGUGACUAGACCACAACAUUAUAUAAGGAUUGCAACCUGGAGUUCUACUGAUCACACAAGGACUUUCUGAAAUCCUUGUGUAGUCGGUAGAACUCCAGGUUGCAAUCCUUAUAUAAUGUCGUGGUCUAGUCACUAGAAGCGUUUGCGUGGAAGCAUCCACCGCAUAGAUUCGAAUCCUCAUCACUCCUCCUACGGAUUUUCACACUGAUGCAGUCACAUUAGUGUGAGUACUCUGUGUAUAGGCAUUAAGUAAGGCAAGAUAGAGGUGAGGAGCAGGUAAGAGGAGGUAAUUCCUAGAGGAAGGUAAGAACACGAAAGGUAUGGAUGGGAUGGGUGUAAUAAUGGAAAAGUAAGAAUAAGAGGAGAAAGAAAGAAAAGGGGUAGGCUUAUGUCAGGUCAUGUUUAUUAGAAAAGUUAGAGCAUUUGAGUAUGUACUAUGAAGGGAAAGAGUCAACAGCAACAAAGCCAGGACUCAGGUUCAUGUUGGAU